AUGUGGACUGCCAGAAGUCUUUGUAGUGCUCAGUUGCUUCAGUUGAAAGAAGGCAGAUUGUGUAGUUGCAUGUUUCCAAAAAAUCAGCAGUUCUGGAUUGGAAUUCUAAACUAUUGUACCAUAAGAGCGCCACAUAACAGACUUAAAUCCCAGGUUUCCAAGGUAAAUGAUAAACAAUUGGUAGUAGAUACAAGAAUGGCUACUAGUGCAGAGGGAACAAAAACAGCUGCUGGAAAAAGUCCCAGUGGAGUAUGUGAUGGAAGCCAACAUUCGUUAGAAGCAAAAAUGAAACACAUCAAUCUGUCAUUUGCAGCUUGUGGGUUUCUGGGUAUUUACCACUUGGGGGCAGCAGCUGCUUUUUACAGGCAUGGUAAGAAGUUACUGAAAGUUGUGAAAGCUUUUGCGGGAGCUUCUGCGGGAUCACUGGCUGCCACUGUCUUAUUAGCAGUACCAGAAAAUAUAGAGAAAUGUAAGCAGUUUGCCUAUGGAUUUGCAGAGGAAGUUAGAAAAUUGGACUUCGGUGCUGUAACACCUGGUUAUGAUUUUAUGAAAGCACUUAGGGAAGGCAUAGAGUCUGUUCUUCCUUCUAACGCUCAUGAGAUAGCUGAGAACCGGCUCUAUGUGUCAGUCACGAACACCAAAAAUGCGCAAAAUCACUUAGUCUCAAGUUUUGCCUCCAGGGACGACCUCAUUAAGGUCCUGCUAGCAAGUAGUUUUGUACCAAUAUAUGCAGGAAUUAAGCCAGUGGAAUAUAAAGGAGAGAAGUGGGUCGAUGGUGGCCUUACCAAUGGCCUUCCUAUCUUGCCUGUUGGAAGAACUGUGACAAUUUCUCCUUUCAGCGGUCGAUUAGAUAUCUGCCCACAAGAUAUAGGACGUGUGGAUCUUUAUGUUAAAUUUGCAAAACAAGAUAUAAUGCUGUCUAUGGCCAACCUAGUAAGACUUAAUCAAGCUUUGUUCCCACCAAACCAGGAGAAAAUGGAAUCAUUGUACCAAAAUGGAUUUGAUGACACUGUACGUUUUUUACUGAAAGAAAACUGGUUUGAAUAGCUGGUAUGUAAAAAAAAAAACUAGCAAAACCUGAUGGCUGUCAAAACACAGCUACAGGCAUCCUACAGAAUCUAAGGGAUUGCUGUCCCAGUUUCAAUUUAUGGAAAUAGAAAUCCCAAUGGAAUUGCAUCUGCUUCUUCUGAGAAAGUGUCAGCUGCGCUCCAAAAACCUGUAUAAACAUGGAAUGGGAAUUGCACUUGCCUGGUAGUUGUCUUGUUUUGAGGACGUUCAAGGUUAGAUCCAUUUUGCUUCAGCUGAAGACUUGAGUGUGGGAUUUGUAAAAAGCUCAUGUUGUCAU